AUGAAAUUCACCAGCACCCUCUCCACCCUCGCCGCCCUCGCCCUCUCCGCCUCCGCCGUCACAGUCUCCUACGACACCGGCUACGACGACGGCUCGCGCUCCCUGAACGCCGUCUCCUGCUCCGACGGCGCCAACGGCCUCGAGACCAAGUACGGCUGGAAGGUGCAGGACGACAUCCCCAACUUCCCCAACGUCGGCGGCUUCGACGGCAUCGCCGGGUGGAACUCUGCUCAAUGCGGCGCCUGCUACGCCCUCACCUACGCCGCGACCGGCAAAACCAUCUACGUCCUCGCCAUCGACCACGCGGCCUCGGGCUGGAACAUCGCCGAAGCCGCGCUGAACGACCUGACCAACGGGCAGGCCGUGCAGCUCGGCCGCAUCGAUGCUACGGCCGUGGUUGCUGAUGUUAAGAGCUGUGGGAUCAACUAA